AUGACAAGAAACAAAAACGACCGACGAUUUCAACCAGAAAAGCAGAAGACGACCAAAGAGAUUCUAAAAUCUGAAAUGAAGAAGAAACGAAAAAAGAAUCAGGAUGAUGAUUUUAGUGACGAUGCCUCCUCCUCUAACGAAGGACGUAAAACACCCUUCAUGCAGGAAUACGAAUACAAGAUGUCCAUGGACAGACGGUUUGCAGACGAGGGUUUUUGGGACGACCCUGCCUCUAAAGCAACAGCUGUUGAGCUUUUUGGACUGGACAAGUUAGAUAAACUGCUGGAUGGCCGUGAUGUGGAAGAUUCAGAAAGACGUACAGACGGGUCUGAAAAAGACAAGGAUUCACAAGAAGAAACAUCUAAAGAUAUCGAUGAUCCUAGAGAUCCGUCACCAACGAAGUCCACCAGUCCUGCCAUGAAGUCAGCCUCGGACACCACAGUGGAUUCUGAAGAUUCGCCAGGAAAGAAACCGACCAGUCCAACCAUGAAAUCAGCCCCAGAUAGCUCAGUGACGUUUCCUGACAGCGAUGCUGAAUCUAAAACUAGAUUCCCUGAACGCAGUACAGAUGACGUAGCACUCAAAAAGGACAAGGAACGAGUUCGCUCAGCUAUACGUCAUCUUUUAACUGAAAGACUUUUCGGUUUGACGAAUGGCCAUGGUGGAUCAGCCAGUGAUGCUAGAGGCUCAACCAGAGGCGGUGCUGGAUCAAGAAAGGGGUUUGGCGGACCAGCUGUUGGUGGUGGCGGAUUAUCCAACAAGGAAAAGUCAAAAGUUGUUUUCGUUGAUGAAUACAAUGAAUCUGCAGACGCCAAUAAAUCUGCAUUGCCAUCAGAUAGUGGGUUGCCUCCCCUGUCAGAACCAAUCCCACCAUCAGUGGCGCCAGGCUCUACGUCAUAUCCACAUACCGGUCUUGGAGCUUCUGAUCAGUCUACUAUAUUAGCCGAUGGUCUCGAGAAAGAUAAAAUAUUUAUACACCGAUCUCAGAAAAGUCAUAUUCAUUGGUUGAAGUCAGACUAUAAUGGUGGACCCGAGAGACGCUUUGAAAAACAUGUUGAUGAUACACAGAAACUGGCUGAGAUGGUGCCGAGUCCAUAUCACCCCAUAGCAGUUACGAAUCCGACCGCUCCACUGACGUUUGUGUCCAGGAGAGACGUGAACGUAUCCAAGGCGCCGAUAAGCUACACGACCAGAUCCAGACACGUAGACGUCUUGUCCAUGGACGAAUGGAGGCUGAGGAAACUGCUGGAGGAGCUGUAUAAGGAUAAGAAAUACAUGGAUCUACUCCUACACAAACAAGGCAAACCCGCAGAAGUAAGAGAGCUGGCACACUAUGGACGGGACUACCUGUUACAAAUCGCAGACUUUUGGGAGUCUAAGGGUAUUCUUCCGACACGUCCAGAGCAGACAAUCCCUGGUUCCUUGACGCCUGUUCGUUCUAAAACAUCGUUGAGUUUAAAUGCACAAACCAAAGACACAAAACCAGACGCCAGUAGACCCAGUCUGUCUCGAUAACGCUUAAAUCUCUGUUCAGGACAGAUAACCUAAAUAUAGUACCUGAACGUUUUUUCUAGAAAUGUGCAUGUGGACUUUAAAAGUGUAUUAUCAAUAGUUGCAAAAGCAUAUUUACAAUGUUAACAUUUAUUAUGUUUAUAAACAGCAAAAUAUCAAUGUAUGCCGCAAAUAAUAACUAAAAAAUAUAGUGCUCACAAAAAGUAGGGGGUAUUCCCCAAUAUUACCAACACUCUGUAAUAUUGAAAUAAUUUCAAC